AUGAACCAUGAGUCCAAUAAAUCAUCAGCAUUAGGAAUGAUCUCCACGGCAACUCGCACCACGGCUACUGUCAGUCCCCUCAGCCCACUAACCAAUGGGAACGCAGUUGCCCAAUCUACGAACUCUGGAUUCGCCGCUGCUCUGCGUAAACUGGCCAAACAGGCUGAGGAUCCCAGAGGUUCUGCCCUCAGCGGUGAGUCGUCUCCGGUCUCGUCCCCUGCCACCAGCCACAGCUCGCCGGUCACCACUCCGAAGAGGGGCUCUCUAGGACCCCUCCUGGGCCAGUCCAGGGGCCACGGGGUCCCCGGCACUCCUCCAGUGGUCACCAUUGCUCCCACCAAGACCAGCAACGGCCUGUGGAGAGCCGACGGACGACAGGUCGAGCCGAGUGUUCAGGGAUACAGCCGGGAGAGGCUGGGUGCGGAGAGCACCCAUUCACAGCAGGACAAGAGAACUCCACCCACCCAGUCACCUCACCCACUGGCUCACCCAUUUGGCCUCACUCCCAGCUCCAUCAUGCAAAACUCCAGAAUACAGAGCCUUAGCAGUUUGUCGGGGCAGAUGCACCCUGGGAUCCCCUCAGGCGCCGUCCCGGAGGAGUACCUGAGAGCGCUCCGGCCCUUCGCCACCUCGGAUGACCUCAGGUUGACCUCUUUACCUAUGACCCUCGACCCUGCUGCAGCGGCCCAUGCUGCAGCAGCUGCUGCUUACUAUCAUCCUGCCUACAUGCACCACCCUAUGUCCUUACCAAGGAUGGAGGAGUCACUGUGUCUCUCUGCGCUGCGGUCACAGUUCUACUCUAUGCCUGCAGGAGGCGCCUUCCCUCAUCUCCACCCUUCUGCCCUCCACCUGCACAUGCCUGGAGGCCGCUACCCCGCAGAACUUAACCACGCAGCACUGGCUGAGAGGCUACAGAUGGAGAAUGAGCUCCGCCAGCGAGAGAGAGAGCAAGAGCGCGAACGAGCGAAAGAAAGGGAGCGCGAGGCAGGGCUGGAACGAGAGCGGGAGAGGGAGCGAGAGAGGGAGGAGGAGAGGGAGAGAGAACGGGAGAGAGAGCUGGACAGACAGAAGGAGAGGCAGAGGGAGAGACAGCAGCAGAUGGUCAGAGCGGCAGAGAGCCACUACCUGGCUGAGCUGCAGGCUCGGAGGGCACCACCGGAGGACAGGAGCAGGCCAGGGGAGAGGCUGACCCCAAACAGACUGGACAAACUCAAGGAUUCUGAGCAUCCAUCUUUCCAAGCACAGAAACCUCUGCAGUCAGGCCUUCACUCCUCCAGGGGCUCAAUCCCACAUCCAGUGCCCAACCUGAUGCCUUCUCACUUGGGGAAGCAUCAUGCUGCUGCUGCUGCUGCUGCUGCUGCUGCUGGGGGGCUUCACGGAGCUCUGGCAGCCGCCAUGACGAGUCACCGAGCCAAUGAGGAGGCCUGGUUAUCACGGCAGCGAGUGCAAGGGCAGGAGAGGGGGGGUCCGCUGGAGCUGGGCCUCAGAUCACCAGGGAAAGGGUUGGAUUCAAGGAGAGACAUCCACAGAACCAGCUCGGUCCAUCACAAUCCAGGCAACAAAGACGUACCCUCCUGCCUCGGGGCUCCACCUCCUCUUAUCUCCCCUAAAGGGCACCAUCAUCCCCCCGUCCCUCAGACUGCCCUGUGGAACCCAGCGUCCCUUGUGGACACACCUGCAGAGUCCCGCAGGAAACUCAACCCGCCUACACCGCCGAGCCGUCCGCCUCCGGGACUGACGAGAGCAGACAGACCCCCGGUAAGCUGGGGGGACAAGCUGGAGGACGGAGGCAGGAAGAGGGCAGAGGGCUCGGAGAGGUACCCGUCACUGAGGGGAGCUGGUUUACAGGAGUCCUGGAACCGGGCUGAGCAGGAGAGAGCCAUCCAGAGUCUCUACCACCGGCACCACAUCAAUAACCUCCACCAGAGAUCCUGCACACCGCAGGCUGUUCCCAGCACCGACCCAGGGGGACGGAGCCAGGAAGCCCCUCUGUCUCCGGUGAGGGAGCGACAGAGUCAGGCGCCCGACAGCAUGCUGGUGUACGACGAGGCUCUGCAGCAGCACCGCCGGCUGCUCAGCAAGCUCGACCUGGAGGAGAGGAGGCGGAGGGAGGCCAGAGACGGAGGUUAUUACUACGACCAGGAUGAGUCGUACGAUGAGAGCGAUGAGGAGGAGCUGAAAGCCCAUUUGAGGAGGGUGACAGAGCAGCCCCCACUCAAACUGGACACAUCCUCCGAGAAAGUGGAGUUCCUGGGCGUGUGUGGUCUGACCACGCUGACUCAUCGCGAUGAGCUCCUGGUGAAGAAGAGGAGGAAGCGGAGGAGGAUGAUGAGAGAGCGCAGCGUCUCUCCGCCAGCUGGGCAGGGCAAGAGAAAGUCUGCUUCACCUUCAACACCUCCAGCUCCCUUAACUACCCCGUUCUCUGCUGAGCAGAUGGACAGCACCCCCGAACUGGAGGAGAAGAAAGACUUCCUCCUUAUGUUUAACCUCUCCCAUGUCAGCCCGCAGCAGAGGAGAGAUAAGGAGAGGGCAGAGGAGCUUCUGAGGGCCAUUCAGAGGAAAACUGUGACGUUGGACACCAUCAGAUAUAAUCCUUUACCUCUAUGUAGCAGUCCUCCUGCUCCCUCAGCUGGUGACUCCUCCACAGCCCCUGGGCAGUGUCAAUCAAACGGACAUGUGUACCCAGACUCUCCCAGCCCGUCCCCUCCUUACUUACAUAAAUCGAAGAAUCACCCCAAAAACACAUUCAAGCACUCCAUGGACUCCCAGGUGGCCCGCGUCCCUCCGCCUCUGGCCUCCCAUCAUGAAAAGGUUGAAUUCACGGAGGCUCAGCCGAACAGGAAGCUGCAGAACCUCCAGAAUGGCGUCGUUGCUUCCCCCCAGAAAAAGGAAUCCCGUCCGGUGCACAAUGGGAGUAACCGGCCCUGGGAGAGAUUCACACCUGAGGCCUUUGCUCAGCACUUCCACCAGGCUGUGCUGCAGUCCACACACAACACACUGCAGAACAAAGGAGUCUCUCACUGUGUCCCUGAAGCCGGCAUGAAGGUGGAGCCCUCGCUGUCUCGCACCAUCUCUCACCCGAAACACUCCAAUCUCAACCACGCCCCUCAGCACUCGCACAUCAACGGCCAUCACUUACACUCUCCUGUAGCCAAUCGGGACACUGUGGCGCCAGAAAACCUGUCCGAUGAGGACGAGGAAGAGUCUGGGCAGGAGGAAGAGGAAGAUGACGAGGAGGAGGAAGCGGCAGAGGAAGCUCCAAGGAAGUGGCGUGGUAUUGAAGCUAUUUUUGAGGCCUACCACGAGUAUGUGAAUGAAUGGAGCAUAGAGAGGGAGGUUCUUCACACGCAGUGUAAAAGACUUGAAGCACAAAACUAUAAUCUAACCAGAACUGCGGAGCAACUCUCUCUCUCCAUGGGGGAGCUGGUGAGUCAGAGGCAGACGGUGAGAGAGGAACGAGAGAGACUGCAGGCGCAGCUGGAGCACUUCAGGAGGUGUCUGACACUACCCAGCAUUCACUGGGGCAGGGGCCAAGUCAACGGGCACACGCCGAGGUGACCUCUGACACGGACGCUCCCACGGAUCCGUCUCUUGACAGCGGAGGAACAGUGACAGGAACAAGAUGGACUGGAGCCAGACCACUGUGGGCGCUCAAAGGAGCCAAUCCAUGUCUUGUUACCUCCCUGGCCAAUCAGUUACGU